UUCACUUUCAAUAAGUGGACGAGAGAGGGAAGAUCGGUGUUCUUCCGAUUAGUCGUGCUUGUUAGAUCGUAUUGAUAAUCGCUUGAGUAAUAUUGAAGACCAAGGACGAUGUAUGUGUGUUUUAAUCUGUUUAUGUUAAGUAGCUAUGUUUUUUAAUGGCAAUCUGUACCUACAUUGCUCUUUAUCCGUAAACUAAAGGAAGGUAAAGCAAAGUUAGUUUGUAGUGUGUCUGCUACACGGCUGAGGAAGGCUGCCGAGCGGCGCGGGGCAAUAACCAUGCCCGAGCUUUCCAAGAUGAGGAAGCCCGAUGUCAAGGUUGUCAUUCUGGGUGACAUGAACGUUGGGAAGACCUCACUGCUCCACAGGUACAUGGAUAGGAAGUUUAAAGACACCAUGAGCACCGUCGGAGGGGCGUUUUUCCUCAAACAGUGGGGACCCUACAAUAUCUCAAUUUGGGACACUGCUGGUCGGGAGCAGUUCCACGGGCUGGGCUCCAUGUACUGCCGGGGCGCUGCUGCUGCCAUCCUCACCUACGAUGUGACCAACUGGCAGAGCCUGGCUGAGCUGGAGGAGCGCUUCCUGUCCCUUACUGACACGGCCAAUAAUGACUGCAUCUACGCCAUCGUGGGCAACAAGGCUGACCUCACAGACCCCCAGGCCCAGCUGCUAGCCAACCAGGAUGGCCUGACAGCGGACCAGAGAGUGGGGGACUGGGAGAGGACUGGGGAGCCCAGGGUGCCUUCUGCCUGUCCCACCCCUCCAGCCUCCCCCAUCUCCCUGUCAGGGGUGUCAGUCAACAAGCAGGUGAGCCGGGAGGACGCAGAGGCGUUGUAUGGGAGGAUCCUUAGAUACAAGGGUCUGGAAGAGACGAACAGCCUGCCUGCGGACAAGAUGUGCUUCGAGACUAGUGCCAAGACAGGCUACAACGUAGACGCUCUGUUUGAGACGCUGUUCGACAUGGUGCUGCCCUCCGUCCUCAAGAAGAGGACUGAGCGAGAGGGAUCGCCCACCGUGGACCUGGAAGAGUGCAAAGGGACAGGAAAACGGGCUAGGGCCGCCUGCUGCUAGGGAUUAGGGGUAGGUGGGGAGGGAUGGAUAAACUGUUUGGGGGUUUUAGACUGACCGUAAAGAGAGGAGUUCAUGUCAUCUCUGUAUUGGUCUCCCGGGACAUUCUGAGAAUUUUCAGCGGUGACUGUUUGAUAUAUACACACACACACACCUGCACACACAUUCUUUCAAUCAAGCUGUCAAUCAAAUUAAUAAUUAAAACAAGUAAUUUAAUUAUUCUUUCAAUGAGCCGGAAAGUACUAUAUUGGAGAGCUGGAGUAAGGCGUUCUUGGAUUUUAAACAUCUUCGAGAGGUUCUGUAUGGACUUGAGUUCAGGCCAGAAUUUCUGUAUGUGUAGAGCAGGUUAGCGUUUUAUGUAAUUAAUCUUCUCGGCAGAGUGGUCACUAGCUGGCGCAGCCACAGUCAUAAAAUCAGAUUUUAAACUGAACCACACUGCUAACCAUAACCUUAAAUUAAGAGCAAAAAGCUAUUUUUUUGUUUUCAUGAAUUUUUAUAAUAUUGCCCAUUUUGACUUUGCAGGUGGCCAAUCUAUUGGCUCUAGGGCAAGAUGCAUGACAUGUCAACCUGGAUAUGGGAAAUAGACUACUGGUACACAGUUCACCUGUUUUAUAAAUCAAUCAUUGAAUUUUUGUUCAUGUUUUGGAAUGAGAAUGUCACUAACUUUGUUUCCAUCCACGAUGGACAGCUGUGAGGGAAACAGGACGUUUCGGUACAGUUUUAUAAAUGCCAACAGAUUUGUUCGUUUGACAUGGUGGCAUCUUUCUGUCGGCGAAAUUAAAUGCGAGAGAAAUAGAGUUGGAAAUGCCUUUAUGCGCAGAUAUUGUUACAAUAACCAGCAUAUCGAAGUAAACUUGGAGUCACGCGAUAUGAUGUGUGUGGUCCCCCAAUACGACUCGGGAAAACGUAGUUUAUUAGGCUACAUAGAAGAUAAGUUAUGAUGAACUUUACAGGGUGGUGAAAGUGCAUGGUGACGAGAGAGAUGGUCCUUUUCAAUAAAUAUCAAGUGACGUGUGACGUGAUUAUCGAUGCUUGACUGCCGUUUGACCAAUAAAAAUAUCCAUAAUCUCAUCACGUAGACUAAGCCUACCCACACUGUCUCUGUGAGCUGUUGGUUAGAGCACACGUGCCAAGACCAGAGUAGCACAUUUGCUAUUUUAACGCAAUAGAUUUUAUGAAAACUUAAGCGAAAGUAUAUUUUGUGUGCAAUACGUCAUCACGCACAGAUUUUUAAUUUUUACCCGCAACAAAUCUGUUUGGUAAAAGCACACCACGGGUGAGAAAGUAUUCCGAUUUUCUUUUCGUGGUUAGAAUAUUCACAUGAGAAUUUGUCACCAAAUGGAUGGAAACCUAGCUACAUAUGGCAUUGUUCAACAGCAGUAAUUGUUUGACUACCAGGGUGGCCACACUGAAUUGUGUAAAUUAAUCCUAUUUUAAAGAUGUUUUAAUGUGUUUAACAAUCAGGCUUUACAUUUGCAUCAGGUGUGUUUUGUUGCAUGUUUUUUUUUUUUUUUACUGAUUCCUUUUUUCAUGUAAUUUGCACCAAAUCUACACUACAGUAUGUGUAAGAUACAAGUUUGAUAUUUUCAAAUAUACGAUAAAAGAUUAUUCUCAUUUAGAAAUAGGGGGAUAUAGAUUGUUUGAGCUAAAGUGAGAAUGUCAAUGCAUGUACCACCAGCAGAAGUAUAACAAACAACAUUUUUAUUUUUGUUAUGACUCAAUUACAAUGGAUUCAUAGCACAUCGAACUCAUGGCCAAUUUGACAAAAUAUAUUUUUAGUUCUGGGAAACAUAAAAAUCAAGUUCAUUCAGUGGAUAUAAAUAUACGUAGGAACGUAAAUCAGUGCAUUUUGUGACCAAAACAAUAUAUGAAUGUAAGAUUAGGGUAAGAUCAGGGUUAUAUAUUGAUACAUACACUUGAUAUAUUGCUAACAAACAGUUUGCACUGUAAGGCCUCUUGAUGCAUAAAUGUUAUGUGAGAAGACUUGAUGUAAAGCAGAUUAAUACUGAAUGUUAAGAGCAUUUCUUCUCACUUAAACCUCAACCAAACCUCAAUUACAAUUGGUAGAGGGUCAGUGUUAGUGUCGUGGCAUUACUGUAUACCUGAAUAAAACGUAAGCGCACUUAAAUCUAAAUAACUGAAGCAGUGCACACACACACAAUCAAUAUUAUCAAUCAUUAGCUUCAUUGAUAACUGAAGCAGUGUGUACACAGGCAUCUUUGGUUCUUUCAGCUGUAUGUUCUUGGUAUGGUCAGUUAAACAUGUUUGGUACAGUGCAUACGGAUAGUAUACUUUUUCCAAUUUCACACACAUUCUUUCAAUCAAGCUGUCAAUCAAAUUAAUAAUUAAAACAAGUAAUUUAAUUAUUCUUUCAA